UGUCCAUUGCGCAGGACUUUAGGGCGCACGCCAAGGUUUUAGUGAGCAAGAAAACCCCUACCGUACCGUAACCAGGCACCAACUUUCGGGAGUUGACAUUCCCGACCCAGCAGCAGAUGAAUGCCGUUGUUCCUAGUUCCCGCCCGCGACUCGCGGCACCGUCUAGCAUGCUUCGCCCUCUAUAGAGCCCUCCUCCGCCAGGUUCCUCGCGUGCCUCUGCCCGACGACGUCGCAACCGGCAUUAGUCCCGUCAACCCCAUCAAAUGGCUCGUCCGCAGUGGCUUCCGGCGCAACCAAAAAGAGACUAGCCCGCGGCUGGUCAUCUCGGCGCUGAGAAACGGCUACCGCUACCUCGACCUCCUCACGCGCGCCCAGAACCCCUCCGCCGGCCCCGAGCACGCCCAGGUGCUGGCCUUUCUCCGCGCGAACCAAGCGCGGGUGCUGCCGCUGCUCAACCGGACGCGCCGGACCAAGACCAGCGCGCCCAUCCCCGGCACGAUCCCGCUCCUGACGCGCGUGCGCGGCUCGGACGGCCGCUCGGAUCCCGUCUACGUCAGCACCGUACGGCCGCGGCCGCUGUCCGAGAUCAAGGGCGGGAUCCGCCGCGUGCCGACCAUGGACGAGUCGGUGGGGUUCCCGUUCCUGCGCCUCACGAAGCCGCAGCCCAGCGUGCUGUCGCGCGUGCUGACGCAGAAGUCGUUCAGCGUGCGCGGCGCCAUGGUGCGCCGCUCAGAGCUCCUGCAGACCAUCAUCCCCGACGUGCAGGACGAGGACCGCUGGGAGUACUCUGUCAGGCAGAUGCUGCGCGACCAUGGCAGGGCGAGCAGCGAGUUCGUCGACAACUCGGCGACGUACGCGCGUGUGCUGCACAACGAGGUGAAUGCCAUACACGACAGGAUGAAUGAGAUACAGAAGGACAAAAUGGCGCGUGGCAGGGCUCUGUGGAAGAUAAUUUGCGAGGAGAAGGCGCUUGCCGAGGCCGAGGCCAAGGAGCGGAAGGAGGCUGCGCGGCGGGCAAAGAAAGAGGCCACUGAAGCUGACGAAGCUCCGGCGGACACGCGCAAGUUAAGCAUCUACGGGCGGCCGGUGAGGACGCUGACUCGGAAGCGGACAAAGUCGCCCAAAGAAGUUGAUCCCGCGCAUGACGAAGAGAUGCGAGCCAUCCACAAGAUAUUGGCUGCGUCUCAGGAACCAAUUAAGCCCAAAACAAACGCCGCAUGUGCAGCAGGCACCAAAAAGCAGGACCGCCGCAACCGGGCCGACGCAAGGAUGCCAUAACCGUGUAGAUUACUGU